GGGGAUUUCCCUCAAGCUGAAUCAGAUCGAAAACGUAACUUUCGCGUUCAGUGACCCCGUGUAUUUAAGAUGUGGAGGGUUCUGGACAGGUGAUAGACACAAUUCUCAAUGAGAUCUGGUCCAUUUAGUUAUUUAAAGAAAUUUAUCAGUUGGUUAACGGAAAAACCGUGCUCCAGACUUGAAGGACCGUAUAGUUUUGAGUCAGACAUUUUACAGAGAAAACGCAGGUGUUCUUCAAAACCACAUGGGAAAUUGUCAUUCCAAAGAAUGCCGAAUGGCAGCAUUUGAUAAGAAUUCAAGCCCUGUCUAUGGCGGCAGGGAGAUCAGGUCAGAAUUACCCCCGAGUGUGCCGAUGGACUGCCCCUUGUACCUAGUGUUCGAGGGCCCAUACCAACGACACAUCACCACGGGGAUCAGGCAUGGUAACACCUGUGUGGCCAUUAUUCCAGCCCACGGGGAGGCGGAGAAAGUCCAGGCGACCCUGUUUAGUUACUAUAACAACGACAUAUGUGCCUUGGUGACCUCCACCUUUGACUUCUAUUACGACCCGACCUAUUUCUUGGCCUGUUUUUUGGUGGAGAGUGUGUACAACUUGGAAGCCUUGGAGGAUUUAGAACUGGUGAAAUCGGAUAAGUUUGACCUUGGAGAGGAGGACCUGGAUACACUGGAUCAGCGGUUAUAUCUGGCUCUGAAGUAUUUGGAAAUCCCUGAAUGGUGGCACUUGCUGGGUCCCAACUCUCCUGCAGUUUCAGCAGAACAACUACCAAGGGAAAGUCUCUUACAUUUUGUGGCACGCCUGGGGUUACACAAAGUUACACUCUUUCUGUUGGAUAAAAAUGGUGCACAAGAAGCUCUACGUCUUCCCAAUCGCCAUGGAUACCUACCGAAAGAUUUAGCUGCUGAAAGUGGUCACUCGGAACUUGCUUCAAUUUUGACAGAAUACAGUGGCCACUACAUAAAACUGUAUACAGAACCAGUAGCCACGGAGUUUGGAAUUAUAUGUCAGCUGGACAAUGGUCAAAAGUCAAUGAGCACCAUCACACGCAGACCAGUGGAGGAGGAUAUUUACAUCUAUCAUGAGAUGAUUAGCCAGGAGGAAGGGGUGGAUGAUUCUGUCCAACGUCAGUGUCAAACCAUGUGGCCCGCCCCCGGGACAGAAAGUGACAGGGAGAACCAGCCAACAUUUGAAGAAGAGACGGACAGCGAGAACAAGCUACAUACCAUUUUAGAAAAAACCAGAACUUUACAAGAUACUAUAAAAAAUGUCACCAGUGAUGACCUUGAUAAUUCACUGGAUGACCUUGAAUCUCCAGGACAUUCUGUGGAAGAUUUGUCGGAUGUGAUGUCCGAGAGAGAUGGAAAUGUAGAUCAUGUUGAGGAGAUGGAACAGGAGAUUUAUGAGGGGACGUUGACGGCUGUACAAGGACUUAACGAAGAUUUGUUCAAACUGCGAGAUUUUCACCGCAAUAAGCUACAAACACAGGAUCAUUUAGCCAGGCACAGCAACUCUUGUCCUUCGCUGGAAAACGAAGGUCGAUUUUCACCUCUGUCUGUCGUUCAGCAAGGUGAACGACAUAACUCCAUGCUAGAUUUGGCCAAGGAUGAAGUGGAACCCUUUGAUUCUCAGUGCAUGUCACAGAUUCCGCCUGACUCCAGUGACCAGUCCAGUAUUCAGAUUUACGUGAACGGGAAGACAGUCGAUCAUAGCGACGGUCAGGAGGAUCGCUUAGACUCCAGCCUCAACAACUUCCUGAAGGAUUACUAUGGGGGCAACACACCAGGGGUGAGGCGUCGGAGCUGGGGGCCCAAUCUGAUGACACAGAAUGCUCUAGAGCGCAGAAUAAACAAGAAUGUCAAUCCAGUAUUGUCUGGUAAAAGUUGUAGUCUGAACAGUUUAGAUGGAGAAGACUCCGACAAUGAAAUGUCAAACGACGACACAGAUGACCAGAAGCUGUCAUCCCCCAACGGGUCACAUGAUCAGGAGGUCCCUCCUGUAGCCAUGGAAGGACUUGUGUUAGCCACGCCCAACGCCUCACACUCCAGGACCCACAACCAGGAUGUGAAUAAUGCCUACCCUGAAAGCACGGGCCAAACUUUGACCAGAACACUUCAUAGUAUGAAGAAAGAGCUUGUCACACCUCGACAAACAGUGAAAUCCCUGUCACAAGAUGGAGAACCGACGACGUCGGGUCAGAGCGGAGACUCGACAGAUGAAGAUUUGACCUUGAACCUUAAAGUGCCACAUUCCACUAUGACUAAGUCACUGUCUACACCCUCAAUCCCUGCAGCUGUAUCCCCCAAUUGGUGGAGCAAAGUACUAGAUGUAGGAAGGCAUAUUUUUGACUUUGAAGAUACAGAUACAACGGAGAAGAAAUCAUUUCAGAAGGAGUCAAAGCAAAGGGCUAAACUAUUCCGAUACAAUGCCCCUUCUUAUCUAGUCAUUCAAAAACUUAUUGAGGAACAUGACGCACAAUUCCGACGGCAAGAAGAAAUUCAAGAGGAUGAUGAUGAGAAAACAAACCGUUUACUGAGCCGUAACAACAGUAAAUCCCGCAGGAAGUCGGAACUGUCCCUGCUAGACUUCCUCUCUGAAACUGCCAACUACUCUGCAGAGGAGCAAGCAAAGAUCACAAAGAAAGAGAAGGAGGAGAAAAAACGCAAGACCAGUGUGUUCUCACGAUUCGGCAGCAGCUACAGGACAAAGAAGAAUGGUGGGGAUAUGGUUUAUCUUCACAAAGAGAAAGAGAACAAAGGUCGUCAUGGACACCAUUUUGUGAGUGUCAGCUUUAGUAACUCCACGGCCUGUGAUGUCUGCUCCAAGUCCAUGGCCAAUAAACCAGCACUCAGAUGUGAAAAUUGCUCGAUCAAUGUCCAUGAAAAUUCAUGUAAGGAGCAGAGCCCGAUGUGUGACAAAAACAGAAACUCCAUCAGGGUUCCACACCGCGGUCAGGAAACUGGGUCAAUGACGAACCUUCACUCACAGGACAAGAAUCUCACCACAGGCACGGCUUAUUCAGGUCUGCGACCCACUCAGUCCUUCAAAGAACGAAGUCCGUCGACCAGCGUUCCAUUGAGGAAUCAGGUAACCUCGUCACCGCCAGGUGUCUCUGUUCCCCUCUCUGCUAUUCCUGACUCGUCUGAGCCUGAUGACAACCAGGGAGACAGACUCCAUGCAGCUCUUCACAGAAGGAGUCUACCCAACACAAGUUACUCAAUGUCUCCUCAUUACCAGAGGCCCGGGGUCCAACACUGGCGAAGGGCCAGAGAGAAACUGAUGGGCAUAGACAAAGCUAUUCAUGAAGAGACAGACCAGGAGAGGCUAGGACAGGGACAGGACGUUGGUCAAAUCGGGUUAUCAAGUGCUAAUUCCAACUCCCAGGAAAGCUUGGAUGAUGUGGAUGCUGCUGUUGAGGUGACGUCGCACAUCGACGAGGAGUUAAAGAACCUUAGUACUAUUGAGCCAGAGACCUGGAGCGAGACUCUGGAAAAGAAGAGAAAGAAAAGUUUUAACUCACAAGAAAUCAAAAGACAAGAUACGAUAUGGGAACUCAUUCAGACAGAGAGACACCAUUGUAGGACACUGAAGAUUCUGCAAAGGGUGUAUGCCCAGGGCAUAUUACAUGAUCUGCACAUGUCGCAAGGCGUGGUGGAAAGACUCUUUCCAAAGCUGGAUGAUCUUAUCGAGGUCCACAUGAACUUUUUACGGAACCUGCAGGAGCUUCAGAACCGUCACUCGGAUCGCUCAGUGGAGAAAAUCGGAGACACACUCGUUAACCAGUUUUCUGGGGUGUCCGCGGAGAAGAUGAAGUGUGCCUAUGGCGCUUUCUGUUGUGGCCACAAAGAUUCUGUGCUGUUUUACAAAGACCUACUUAUAAAGGAUAGGAAGUUCCUUAAUUUUAUCAAGAAGUGCAAUAAUGACAGUUUGUUACAAAAGAGAGAGAUACCUGAUUUUGUUCUUCUAGUCACCCAGAGACCGUCGAAGUACUUAGGACUUCUAGACACCUUAAUUAAAAGAACAACAGUGAAGGAAGAGCGGCAGAAUAUCAGUCGUUCACUACAGCUCAGUAAGGAGAUUUUACAGAGUAUAGAUGACCGAGUUCACGAACAGGAGCGCAUUCAGAGGCUACGGGAAAUUUACGAGGGAUUCGACCCCAGGGCCACCACACUCUACAAGGGCAAUAAGUUCAAGAAAUCAGACCUAUCUUCACAUGGGAGGAAGCUUGUGAAAGAGGGGACAAUUGGUUUGAAAAAUGCAAGAGGAAAAGUUACAGAGGCCAUCAUGGUGGUGCUGACAGAUCUCAUCUUUUUCAUGCAGGAGCAGAAUGGCAAAUACACGUUUUUCUCUCAGGACAACAAGUCUUGUGCAAUACCUCUGUUUGAGUUGUUGGUUCGAGAGAAGAGCGACACAAAGGAGAGUAAAGGGAUAUACCUGAUCAGUCAAAACAAACAGAAUCCAGAAAUGUACGAGAUCGUGUGUAACACCAACAGCGUGAGAGAGGCGUGGAUUCGGGAGAUCAGGGCUGCGUCUGAAAAAUGUCCUGCUGAAGAAGAGAGUCAGCCUCAAGAGGACGAUGAAGCAGAGCGAAGACUAAUGGAGGCUCGAUCGGCAAAGAUGCGAGAAAUCAUAGAUAUGUUACACAAGAAGGAUGAUGAGAUUAAAAUGGUUUGUGAUCACAAGAACCAGCUGAUGGUAGAACUACUGGAAGUAUACGACAUUAGGGACCAGUCAAAGCGACCGGAUUCUAUGGGAUCAGAAGAGGGUUGUGAACACAUGGAUGCUCUACAGGCAGCCAUACAGCAGGCAACUGUUACCGCCUCCAAUCUGACCAACAUGUUAGAGGGUGGAGGAUCAAGCCCCACCCAGCUGAUGCGUCAUGUAAGCAGCGUGGGUGAGCACGUCAGUACCUCCUUCCAAGUCAUGCCCAUGGCUAAGCGGGCGGAGACCUUCGCUGGGUUUGAUACCUCAUUUGAUAUAUCUAAAGGAACCAAUGGAAGGAAAAGAUUUGGUCAUGUGAUGGACAGUGAAGGCCAGCCCAUACAGGCAGACAGUGAUUCGGAGCUGUCGUAUGAUCAGAAAUCUCUGAUGUAUAACGACAGUAAUGACGCCAGCAGCUGUACCUAUGACAACCAGAGUACCACGGGAUCCGUGUACUCGCAGCCCUUUAUGUACUUUACAGGAGACCACAUCCAACAACUCUCAGGUUCCCUCAACAGCAUCGUGCAUUUAACAGCCAAACAUGGGACAGAAGUGGAAUCGCUUAAGGCCCAGCUAGCGGAGGCUAAUGAAAGAAUCAACAAACUGUCUGCAGAAGUCCACGACAAGCGGGGCGGGUACCGCCAGCACCACACGCUAGAAGAACUCCGGAACAUCCAGGAACAGGUGCAGCGGGAGAAAGCCGUGCUCGCAAUACAACGGGAAAACGAAAUGAGGGACAUCAGCAUCGAAAAGGCACUACUGGAAGACCAGCGAAAACAGCUGGAGAAAGAGCAGGCUGAUUUACUAGCAAAAAAAGAGGAUUUGAAGAGACAGAAGGAAGCCUUUCAGCGACAGAUUGACUUGUGGAAACAAGGAAAGUUAAGUCAUCGUGAUUCUCCAGUGGAGAAAACUGUCAGUUCCCCAGGGGUGGUUCUGAGGGACAAAGAGGGUUUGGAGGGGAGCAGCUCGACAGACCCGAAGAAUUCCUCCUCUCCCGACUCUCCUAAUCAGAACUCUCACAGACGCUCAGCUAGUGCUGACUUUUGUCAAACCAUAGAGGGAGACCUGGAAAGACUGCGAUUAGGUCACGUGAAAACUACUCGCCGGGAGCUACCAAUUCGUCCUGAUCAGUCUCGGGGACAGGGCCUUCAUGGUACAGCAAGUUUCUCUUCAAAUGUGUCGAGUAAACUGGCUGGAAACAAGAACCUGCCAAUCCACUUACUGAGUGCUAAGAAUGAACAGAAGAAAUCUGGCUCUCCCUCAUCGUUCUCUCAGAGCGUGGGUGGCAGUAAAGGAGUUCAGCAGGUCUUACCAUUCAAACUCGCAGACGCGGGCGGGAAAUCUUCCCAGCCUAGUCCUCCUCAAAUGUCAGGGAGUCAGAGUGUGUCGAACAUCUACAAAUCCAAUCGUCCGCAGCAUCAGAAGUCGUCUUCAUCCUCAUCGCUGCUGGGCGGGGUAUUAAAGCUGGCAGAGCCUGGAGGGAAGGGAAAAUCUCAAACCAGUAACAGUGGACAGAAGUCAAUGUCUAUGGACAGUGGCAAUGCAGAUGUCAAAAAUACUGCUCAGGAAAGCCCUGGCCAGCAGAAGACUGGCGGCGGGAUUUUCUACAUGUAACAGAGUAGAUGAUGUACAUGUUGUGCCAUAUAAUUGCCAGACUGAAGGAGGGCAGAGAACCAGCCAAGAUAUCAAAGUCAAACCUGUCUUGAAAAAUCGUAGCUGAUGGGAUGAUACUAACAGAAGUCAACCAAUUGUCUUCUCUCUCUCAGGAAUGUUGCACCAUAUCACCCUAUUGUUGAUGAUAUUUGUAAGAAUGAACAAAUUCUGCUCUUGCCGAAGCCAAAGACUGCUCGAAAUUUGACAUACACAAUUGUCGUUAGUGUUAAUUGUGAACAAAAAUAUGUGCAUGUAGCAUAAUUUAUCUGGUUAUAUAAUCAUGUCAGGAAGCACAAAAAUAUUUUAUAGUGUUCAAUCGACAGAUAAGAAAAAAAUAGCGCUUUUUGUAACAGCUUCCCUGAUAUGAUUUGUGAUCAGGAUAUUUUAUGUUACAGAUAUGUUUUUACCAAUGAUAAAUUUACAACAAGUGCUGGCCCACUGAUUAAUAGUCACAGCUACGAUCAUAUUGUGUUUAUAUUUUCUCUGUAAAUGAAAGCAAUAGUUUUAAAAUUUGUCAAGAAGUUGUGGUUAUAUAGAGGUCAAUGAUUGGAACGUCAUAUGAGUGAUGUGUUUUUUUUUAAAUGAUUAUUUGUAGAAAAUGUAUUUAUUGAAUUUUAAUUUUUGUGUCUGUAGCUCAUUCACUCACAUGUUAGGUAACCAUUGUAAUGAAACUAAAAUAUUUGAAAAAAAAAUGACAGAUUUAUAUGUACAUAUUGGUAAUGUGUAAAUUGACAUAGCGUGAGUAAAGCCACUUGUUUCUGACAUUAGAGUGCUAGGCUGUUGAUGGCGUGGACUUUUACCGACUUUGGAUAUACCCCCCAGAGUGACAAUCUACUCACUGACUGUUAAUUAGGUCGUGAACUUUGGUCAUGUGACCUCUUGUCAUCUUUCAGGACAUAAAUUCCUUACCAAACAUUCCCAGAUUAAAUGAGAGACCUUUAUUUUUAUGAGUUUAAUUUUUAUAGCGAUUUUUUGUCAAAUUAAAUGAGAACUUUUUAACCUGUUUUUUAUACAAACAUGUGGCCCUCACUUUGUUACUAAAUAUAGAUUGUUCAUGUUGCUUAUGUGUUUUCAUUAUUCAUUCAUCAGAAAACAUACCCAAACUACAGCCACUGAUGAACUGCUGAAUUUGUGAACAUCAGUUUAAAUUUCAAUAAAAAAUGCAGUUCCAUGUUUUGUUCAAACCACAUGUCAGCUGCUGAAUAAUGUUAUGUUGUCUGUGAAAUAUGGAAUAUUCGUUUUAUUUGCCAAAUUGUUCACUGAAAAAUAGUUUUAAAUGUGUUUGUAAUGUUUUCUUGCAAAUUACCACUGUCAAGGUUUUAAGAUAGGCAGCUGGCCUGCCAAUGCUUACCAAGAAAAAAAAUCUCGUGUUGCUGAAGAUAGACUCUGGAUCUGAUGAAAUAUAGGAAAUUAGUUUUUUUUUUUAAAUAUAUAUAUGUAAUAGAAAUUGAAAUACAAUCUGAACGGAUUUUGAGAACUGUCUUUAUUAAUAGAUGUACUGACAUUACAAAACCUUUCAUUGUUUGUCCAUUGUGGAAUUCGCCCUUCAUUUCACUACCUUCGUGUUGAUUGUUUUCGACUUUGUUAAAUAUUUUUCUAACGCCUGGACAUUUAUUUUUUUUCGUGGGAUAACUGGAAGUGCUAUCCCUUUUGUUGGAAGAAUUGGGAUCCUCCCAGUGUAAGGGAUUAAGCUGUGUAGGAGCAGUAAUCCCAAAGUAAUCCCUAAGGAUCAGGACUCGGAUCAUUGCAUUGAUUCAGGAUUUAUUUUUUCGAGUGUCUUUACAAGACACUACAUAGAACUUGUUAUAAUGUAAUAAUAUUUUACAUUUUAUCAUGAUUAACAAAAUCUGCCAUUAAUGGUUUUAUUAAAAAAUAUUUAAGAUACA